AUGACUGCCACAGCGAUUGACCCCGAAACAAGACCCCAAACCCAAAAAGACACCGAAACUCAAAACCCCCCUCCACCACCCAGCAACCCCGCGCACGAAGAGCACCAAUACCUCUCCCUCAUCCGCGACAUUCUCCAAAAUGGCGAGCACCGUCCCGACCGUACUGGCACCGGCACCUACGCCAUCCCCUUCCCCGCCCAAAUGAAAUUCGCCCUCUCACGCCCCUCCGCCGACCCUACCCAACCACCCACCCUCGUCCUGCCCCUCCUCACCACCAAGCGCGUCUUCCUGCGUGCCGUCAUCGGCGAACUCCUAUGGUUCAUAGCCGGCAGCACACACAGCAAGCCCUUAUCAGACGCCGGCAUCAAGAUCUGGGACGGCAACGGCAGCCGCGCCUACCUCGACAGCGUCGGCCUCUCACACUACGAAGAAGGCGAACUCGGCCCUGUCUACGGCUUCCAAUGGCGCCAUUUCGGCGCAGAGUACAAAGGCCACGCACACGACUACACGGGUGAAGGCGUUGAUCAACUUGCCGAGAUUAUCGAUAAACUGAAGAAUAAACCGUAUGACAGAAGGAUUAUUCUGAGUGCCUGGAACCCCGCUGAUAUCAAGAAAAUGGCCCUGCCGCCUUGCCACAUGUUUGCUCAGUUCUACGUUAGUUUCCCUGGACACAAGCAGGGAGAGGAGCGGCCGAGGGGAGUAUUGCAUUCGCUGCUGUACCAGCGCUCUUGCGAUAUGGGACUCGGUGUCCCGUUUAAUAUCGCAUCCUAUGCGUUGCUAACGCAUAUGCUGGCGCAUGUGUGCGAUUUGACACCAGGAACUUUUACGCAUACGAUGGGGGAUGCCCACGUGUAUCUUGAUCAUGUGGAUGCGCUCAAGGUGCAGGUUGAGCGGGAGCCAAGAGAGUUUCCCGAAUUGAGGAUUAAGAGGGAUGUCGGCGGGAGUAUAGAUGGGUGGCUGGAAAGUGACUUUGAGAUUGUGGGGUAUAAACCGCAUGCCAGUCUUGCUAUGAAGAUGAGUGUGUAG